AACGGUUUUUUAUCUGAUUCAUUUUAUCUUGAACGAGGAUGUAGGCAAGGAGAUCCAUUAUCGCCUUAUAUAUUUAUUUUAUGCGCCGAGAUUUUAGCAACUCUUAUGCGAAAUUCUAAGGAUGUAAAGGGUGUAACUAUUGACAAUGAGGAGAAUAAACUAUCCCAAUACGCAAACGAUACAACUUUUAUUUUAGACGGAUCACCUGAAUCAAUAAAAGCCACUUUAACAAUACUAGACUUUUUCGCUGAAAUUUCUGGCUUGAGAAUAAAUUAUUCCAAAACAAAGGCAAUUAGGAUUGGAGCAAAAAAUUUUUCGCAGGAAGUUUAUCAUCAUGACAAAUGGAAACAAUCGUGGGGGUCCACAAACUUUGAUUUUCUAGGAUUCAGGUUUACAUUAGAACUAGAUAGUAUUUCCAAAAUAAACUUUGACUCUGUAUGUAAUUCUAUAAACUCUCUACUAAAUCAAUGGUCAAUACGUUAUCUAACACCGAUUGGUAAAAUAAAUGUACUGAAAUCACUUAUAAUUCCGAAAUUAACUCAUUUGUUUAUAUCUCUUCCAAACCCUGAGCCAACUCUUAUUAAUCUCCUCAACACAAAAUUUUUCAAAUUUAUUUGGAACAACAAACCUGAGAAAAACAAUCUUACAAAAAUGGAGGUUUGA